CGGGAGGUGCGGCGAGAGCCCCUUGGCCCGGGCCGGGGGAGGGGAGACGUGGGCGGGCAGGACAGGGUUAAAGGUGGGGCCGGCCCUACACACGCGCGCGCUCCUUACUCAGACCCGGCCACACGCGCCUCCCUGGCACUCAGCGGAGGCCGGGGCAGGGAAGACCCCGGGGCCUGAGGCCGAGCCCGGUGGGUCCCGCGAGGCCCGGGACCCGGCGCCCCUCCGCCGAGCCCCUGGCUCGGGCGCACACACUCCGCGAGCGCACACACCUCGGACAUUCCCAUAGUGCCUCACGUGACACGCGGCCCGAGCGUGCCUACACGCUCACGCACGCGUGCUCACACGCGCGCACACACUCAGCCUCCCGGCCGCUUCCGAACUCCGUACCGACCCCCACCCGCGCCCCGCAAAGGCGCCCAUUGACGGUGACACACCUACACUCAUUCACAGACACACUCCCCCCACGCCAGCCUCAGACACAUUCAUAAACAGGGCCCAGAAGUACACACGCACCCCCUCGCUGCUGCCUACUCUCUUUCGGGAGCCCUGAGUCAUCCCUGCCCCCUCCCAGGGCGCCCCAGUGUGCAGCCACUCAGCGACGGGCUGGGGACUUCUUGGCGUGGCUCCUCCCCAGCCCCCUUGCCCAGUUUGCUGCGUCUGACACUCGGCCAAGGACUUUCUGUAGGUCCCAGGUCAGGGGCCGCGCCUGGCCGGUGGCCACCGGGUGCAGGGGAAGGCACUUCCCUUUCCUGAACUCUGGGAUCCUGCAAGAGGAAGUGUGAUGUUGGGCAGGGCCCUCGAGGCUCCAGGAGCAGCACUGGGCCUUCCUUGGGGAGGAGCCAGGGUGCCAGAGGCCUGGGAUGGGGUGCCUGGUGGCCAGGAGGCUCGAGGGGGGCCAGGUCCUCACCAUGGAGUCCAUGUUUGAGGAUGACAUCAGCAUCCUGACGCAGGAGGCCCUGGGGCCCAGUGAAGUGUGGCUGGAUGGUCCGGCAGACCCCUCGAUGGGGGAGGACAUGUGCUCGGCCUCCCACUUUGCCCUCAUCACGGCUUACGGGGACAUUAAGGAGCGACUGGGGGGCCUGGAGAGGGAGAAUGCCACCCUCCGACGGCGGCUCAAAGUCUACGAGAUCAAGUACCCGCUAAUCAGUGACUUCGGAGAGGAGCAUGGCUUCUCUCUGUACGAAAUCAAGGAUGGCUCCCUGCUGGAGGUGGAGAAGGUCAACCUGCAGCAGAGGCUCAACCAGUUCCAGCACGAGUUGCAGAAGAACAAGGAGCAGGAAGAACAGCUGGGGGAGAUGAUCCAGGCUUACGAGAAGCUCUGCGUGGAGAAGAGUGACCUAGAGACAGAGCUGGGGGAGAUGCGAGCCCUGGUGGAGACCCACCUGCGGCAGAUCUGUGGCUUGGAGCAGCAGUUGCGGCAGCAGCAAGGCCUCCGGGAUGCAGCCUUCCCCAGCCUGAGCCCCCCGCCAGCCCCCGCCCCGCCCUGCACCGACCUGGACCUGCACUACCUGGCUCUGAGAGGGGGUUCCGCCGUGGGUCACGCGGCCUGGCCAGGUCCCGCGCCGAGUGUGAGCGAGCUGGAGCUGCGGCGGCUGGAGGAGGCGCUGGAGGCGGCCCAGGGGGAGGCGCGGGGGGCUCAGCUCCGCGAGGAGCAGCUGCAGGCCGAGUGCGAGCGGCUGCAGGGGGAGCUGAAGCAGCUGCAGGAGACGCGGGCACAGGACCUGGCCUCCAACCAGUCAGAGCGGGACGUGGCCUGGGUGAAGAGACUUGGCGACGAUCAAGUGAACUUGGCGCUGGCCUACACGGAGCUGACGGAGGAGCUGGGUCGCCUGCGGGAGCUGAGUUCCCUGCAGGGCAGGAUCCUGAGGACCUUGCUACAGGAGCAGGCCAGGAGCGGAGGACAGAGGCACUCGCCGGCCCCGCCGUGCCCGUCGCCCUCCCCGCCGGCCCGCGUGCCGCCGCCCUGCCCCCCGUGCCCAUCGCCCUGGCUGCAGGCCGAGGCCGCCACGCUGCCCAAGCCCCGUGCCUACGGCGGCGCCGCCGAGCUCUACGGGCCCGGCCGGCCGCUCAGCCCGCGCCGCGCCUUCGAGGGCCUGCGGCUGCGCUUCGAAAAGCAGCCUUCGGAGGAGGACGAGUGGGCCGUGCCCGCCAGCCCGGCCAGCCCCGAGGCCGGCGCCAUCCGCUGCGCCUCUUUUUGCGCCGGCUUCCCGAUCCCUGAGUCGCCGGCCGCCGCCUAUGCCCCCGCCGAGCACGCGCAGUCCUGGCCUUCCAUCAACCUGCUGAUGGAGACCGUGGGCUCCGACAUCCGCAGCUGCCCCCUCUGCCAGCUGGGCUUCCCCAUUGGGUAUCCAGACGAUGCCCUCAUCAAACACAUUGACUCUCACCUGGAGAACAGCAAGAUCUAGGCGCCUCCCCCCGGCUGGCUGUCUCUGUCUUCUUCCAUUGUCCCACUCACUUUGAAUGCUGCAUGAAUCUCGUGAGGGGCCCCUGCCCCUUGGGACCCCCAGAUACCUCCACUAGCUACCCAGUCAACGUUUGUGCCAUCUUCCCUGGUCCAGGCACCACAGCCCUGGCUCUUCCCAGUGGGCUGUCCCAGCUUCCUGUCCCUGCUGGGGAAGCAGGGAGUGGGCUGAGAUGCGGAGGGCGAAGCCUGGCCUCACCCUCUCCUCUUACUCCAAAGGGUUGGGUCCAAGGUGUCUAGUGCUUGGGGAGAGGAGGGGCCAGAUGUCCAGGGUUCCCUGAGCCCCUCCCUGGCCUGGGCUCUGUCCGGGGAGCACCUCUCUGUGAGGGCCCAGAGGCCGCCCCAACACUGACGCCAGUUCCUCCAUCCCAUGGCUUCGGAGUCAACACCCUGCAACUCCCUGCAGGCCAGCCCUCUUCCUCCUCUGCCCAUGCUGGGAACAGGGAGGGUGGGAGAGGAGAGGGAGGACCCAGCCUGAAGAGGCUGCCCCGGGCCGUCUGCAGGCCGCCAGGCCCAUGCCCUCCUGCACCUCUGGCACCAAGGCACAGAUGGUCGAGGCAGAUGCCACCCUUUCCCACUGGAGCCCCUGGCACCAUGGGUGCCCCGGAGCCCGCGUGGGGCCCAGCCUCUGUGUGCUGGGUGGGCAUCAUCAGCCCCUGCCGCCUGGGCCAGGAUCCAAGAACCGGCCCAGGGUGCUAUGGAGGUCAACUUCAAAAGAGCUAACCCCUGUCCUGCCCCACAUUCCCUCUGUGAAAUCUACCUCAGAGUCGUACCCUCAGAAGGGUGGGAGCAGGAGGCCGGGCCCAGGCCCGAGGUGGGGAGCCUCCUGCCAGGAAGCCUAUGCCCACGCCGAAUGCACCCCUCCACUGCGAGCCUCCCCGAGGCCUCAGCCCGGGCGGGCGGCAGUGGCCGAUACCGCCUGCGCAUGCUCCGUUCUGAUCCAAAUCUUCCAGGCCCCCCCUCCUCUUGGUGCCGGCGAGUGAAGGGGUGUGGCGGGCAGAGCUGGGGCCACAGACGCCAGAGACACGCGUCAUUGUACCCUGAGUGUUCCCCUGGCUGGGGGACACGGGGAAGGGGGCCUGGAGAGGGGCGGGGCCCUGCGCUCUCUGAACAAGUGGAAAGUCCGAAUAAAUCUUACCUGUUCCAUCUGC